AUGGUUAAAAUAGAAGACUUCAAGCUGUCGUGUGAAUUGGUUGGCCAUAAGCUAGACGUUCGCGCCGUAGCGGAAGGUACGGGCUUUGUUGUGUCUGGUUCGCGUGAUACAACGGCUAAGGUUUGGGAAUCGUUCGGCAAUCGUUACGAGGACAAGGAAACGUUCAAGAACCACACCAAUUAUGUCGGUGCGGUGCUGGUGGUGGAAUCGAAUGGAUGGAUCUGUACGGGCAGUAACGAUGCGACGAUUUGCAUUUUUCCAUUUCCCGGCAGUGGUUCAACCGAACCGAUCGGUGUACUGAAGGGUCACACCUCCACCGUUUGUGCACUGGCAGCGGGUCACAAUGCCACAGCGCUGAUCUCGGGCAGUUGGGAUAAAACGGCCAAAAUAUGGACCAAUGCGCCCGGUUCAAACGCAAACAUUACGUUGGUCGGGCACGAGGCAGCGGUGUGGGCGGUGGCCUGUCUACCGAACGGCCGAUACGUGUCCGGUUCGGCGGACAAAAACAUCUUCGUGUGGAACGAGCGGGGCGAGAAGCUGGUGGUACUGAAGGGUCACAAGGAUUGUGUGCGCGGCCUGUGCCCGUUACCAAUGGGUGGAUUUUUAAGCUGCUCGAAUGAUGCCACCAUCCGGCACUGGAACGAUACGUACGAGUGUGUGAAAGAGUUCCAUGGACACAGUAACUACAUUUACAGCAUCGGACGAUCGGAUGCUUGGGGCGAGGAGGUGUUCAUUACCGGAGGAGAGGACAGCACCAUACGUAUGUGGCAUCUGCGGGAAGGCGCUCUCGGUGAUGCGCUUCAAAUGCCAGCCCAAUCGGUGUGGGCCGUUGCGGGACUACGGAAUGGAGACAUUGUUGCCGGUACGAGCGAUGCGAUCGUGCGUGUGUUUACGCAAAACCAAGAACGCACCGCACCUGAGGAAUCGUUGGCCGCGUAUCGCGUAGCGGUCGAGGUUCGCCAGUCCGAAUCGGCCAAACAGUUGGGUGGAAUGAAUGUAAACGAUUUGCCCGGUCCCGAAUCGUUACUCUCGGAAGGGCGCGAUGGACAGACGCGUAUCGUGCGACACCCGAACGGAAAGAUACUCUGCUAUCAGUGGACCGGCGGAAAGUGGGAUUGCGUCGGCGAUGUUAUGGGUGCUAGCGAUGGAGAUACGGGAAAGCAGCUGUACGAAGGGCGCGAGUACGAUUACGUGUUUUCGGUAAAUCUGUCGGACGAUGCGCCCAACCUGAAGCUGCCGUACAAUCGCGGCGAGGAUCCAUGGUUUGUGGCGCAACGGUUCAUCCACAAGCACAACCUGCCCCAAGCGUACCUCGACCAGGUGGCUAAUUUUAUCGUGACAAACUCCGACAGUGCACCGGUGGCAAGUGCGGCCGCGAAUAGUUACUACGAUCCGUUCACGGGUGGUUCACGUUACGUACCCGGUUCGUCCGGUGGUCAGUUUCAACCAUCCUCGGCCAAUACAGAUCCGUUUACGGGUGCGUCGAGCUACACGACACAAACGCCGAAUGUGGCUAUGGCGCCAAAUGCGGGAAGUGGUGGAGCGGCCAAUGGAAGCGGUGGCAAUUUGGAUCCGUUUACCGGCGGAUCAAGCUAUACAACCGGAUCGACUGAGGUAAAGAAAAGCAACACACACUUUCCACACCGGCAUUACAUCUUACUGGAGAAUGCUGAUCUGUCCAAAGUGCUCAUUAAGCUGAAAGAACUGAACGGUGUUAUCGAGGAUCAAAGCCUCCGGAUGUCGGACGAAACGCUGAACGAUAUUGUGCGGUACACGGGCGAAGUAAUGACGUGCGGGGAACAGAAUUCGGCCUGUCUGACGGCACUGAAGUUCCUGUACACGACCUGGCCGACGGAGAAACUGUUCCCGAUCAUGGACAUUACGCGACUGAUCGUGCGUGAACCGCGCGCCUGCCAGGAACUGUUUGAGGACGCCUCCUUCAUGGAAACGUUCCUGCAGCACACGAACCACCUGCCAGCGAAUCAACUGAUGUCGGCACGGUGCUUCACAAACAUGUUAGCCCACCAGCCUGGCCGCAAUGUGGUGGUGGAAAACAUUCGCGCGAUCGUCGAUCGGUUCGGUUCGGUGCGUGGCGGAUGCAGUGCGAAUUUGCAGAUUGCAUUGGCCAGCUUCUAUCUGAACCUAACGAUGACACAGCUGGAUAAGGUUUCGUCGGUGGACUUUUGCAAGGUGCUUGCCGGCACGACCGGUGAGCUGCUGUGUUUGGUAACGGAUAACGAAGCGACGUACCGUGGCUAUCAGGCGCUGGGCAAUUUGUUGAGCCUUGCCGGCCCGGGCAUGGGAGUGAUUGCAGAUACGCUCAAAGCAAACAGUGUCCUGACGGACAAAAUACUGUUCAACAUUAGCAGCGAGGUGCCGAAUUUUGUAAAGUUAAACGAAUGUGCAAGCUACCUAUACGAGCUGUUGGUGUGA